AUGGCGCGCUGGGCUUUGGUGCUGGCGCUGGUUGGGGCGUGGUGGGCGCCCGCGCAGCUCAUGGAGCCGCCGCACUGCGCCGCCGCGGUGCGCUGCGCGGCCGCGGGCUCCAGCCAGAGCGAAUACAUUUACAUCGUUGAUGGUUUCACAGUCUAUCUUGAAUAUACAGACAGUGGCUACUUUAAAUUAAAAUGCACGGCAGGUUUGAGACUCGACAAUUCAGCAUUACCUACUUUUGAAUCGCAACUACGCGUAAAUAAGGUAUACUUUGAAGAUUGUCCGUCGCCACAAAGUUCGUACGCCGACGUGCUCGAGAGAUUCAACGUGGUUGUGCUCGAAAAGAUGACGCUGACCAAAAUUGGCAAUCUCACGGCCACACACUUCGCACAGCUCCAGCAUCUGCACAAACUGGAGCUGCUGACGGCGGCCCUGGCGCCCGGGGCGCUGUCCGCGCUGUCCCAGCUCCAGUACUUGCUACUGGACAGCGUGCGCACGGCACCCGGCGAGCUGCGCCGCCUGCCAGCCUCGCUGGAGACGCUCAGCCUCAUGCGCAUGGGCAUGGACGUGACGGCCGCGGACCUGGCCGCGCUGCCGCGCUUGGACUACCUGGUCGUACGUGACCCUGCGAACGUGCGCGUGGAUGCUAGCGCCGCGCCGCGGAUGCUGUCCCUGGAUCUGCCAGCAGCGGUGCUGGCGCGUGAGCUGUCGCCGUCGUUGCGCAAGUUGACGGUGUUCGGCUGGGGCGAGGCGCACCCGGCACCGUGGCUGCAGUGCGCGCUGGAGUCGCUGGACGUGCGCGAUGCCCUGGCCGAGGAGCUGCCGCCGGGCUGGCUGGCGCGCUGCUCGGCGCUGCGGUCGCUGCGCGUGGACUCGGCGGCGCGACUGGUGCGGCUGGAGCCGGGCGCGCUGCGCGGCGCGGUGGAGCUGCAGGAGCUGCGCGUGGUGAGCACGGCGCUGCAGUACCUGCCGCCGGGGUUGCUGGACGACCUGCCGCAGCUAAAGCUGCUGGACUUAUCCUCGAAUCGACUGCUGGAGUUACCGGGCGGCUUAUUUGCGAGGACAAAUUCGCUGGAGUCGCUGAAUCUGUCCAGUAACCAGUUAACACAGGGCGUGUUGUCGUCACUGUCGGCCGUCACGUCGCUCGUUAGCUUGGACCUCAGCAACAACAACCUCAAAGACUCAUGCGGCAGUAAAUCUGACGCAGUGCGAGGUAACAUACGUGACAAAUUUGAGGUUUGUUGGAGACUCAGAGAUUAG